AUUUAAUUUGGGGUACCGAAUAGGGGCAAAGUUUGAAACUUUUAAAGCAAACAAAAACAAAUCGGAAUAAUUUAUUUCCUUUUUACAGGACACACAUGACCUGACCUACUCUUUCUCUACUACAUCUUCUGCUGCUGCUGUGCAGCAGCUGCAUAACACCCUCAUUACAAAUUUGUUGGGGCUUUGACUAGAAAAGCUUCAAUUUUUUAGAGCUUCCCCCUCCCCCGAAAUAGAAUUCGGGGCCCCAAAAACAUUGCAAUUUUGGGGGAGCUCGUGGCUUCGAAUCCGCCAGAAUUCGCGCGCCUCGACGAGCUGAUCCGCAUCGGCCAACACAAUGAAGGUUUCAUUGCUCUCAAGGUUCGAUGAAGAGUAGUGUAUAUUGAGCUCUUGUCCAGUUCAUGGUCUUGGGCUUCUUUGCUCCUGCUCAAGUCCAUCUGUUUGCCAAUCAAAUCAAGAGGUGCAGAUGAGUGUGGAGUACAAUAUGGAUGAGGCCCUGAAAGCCAAAAAUGUUGCAGAGAGCAAGUUUCAUGCCCGUGACAUCAGGGGUGCUCGGAAGUACGCAAUCAAGGCCCAGACUCUCUGCCCGUCGCUUGAUGACAUAUCUCAGAUGGUGUCGACGCUUGAAGUUCAUCUUGCAGCUGAGUCCAAGAUUGAUGGAGAGAGUGACUGGUACCGGAUAUUGUCUCUAAGCGCCUUUGCAGAUGAAGAGGAAGUGAAGAAGCAGUACAGGAAGCUAGCUCUGCUGCUGCACCCCGACAAGAACAAGUCAGUUGGUGCUGAGGAGGCCUUCAAACUGAUCUCUGAGGCGUGGAGUGUGUUGUCUGAUAGUGACAGGAAGAUACUUUACGAUGAGAAGAGGAAAAAUCAUUCUGUUGUCAAUGUAACAAAUGGCAUAUAUACUUACGAUAAGAAGGCAAACAAGAGAGCUCGAAAGAAUGCUGCUGCAGUGGCAGCUAAGGCUACUACUCAUCCUGUCGGGGUUGAUACGUUCUGGACAUCUUGCAACCGCUGCUGCAUGCAAUAUGAGUACUUAAGAAUUUAUCUUAAUCAUAACCUACUGUGCCCGAACUGCCAUCAUGCAUUCUUGGCGGUGGAGACUGGAUUUCCUUGCAACGGAAGCAGUUCCUCAUUCUCCUGGUCGACCAAGCAGCAGCAGCAGCAGAACCAUAAUUCCACCAAGCAUUCGCCUGGUUCAACAAGCAGGACUUCUAGCAUCCCAGGGACAGAGCACGGGGGAUACCAGCAAGAUAAUACUUAUGAUUCCUACAACAAUCAAAGCUUCCAGUGGAAUCAGUACUCCAAGACAACGCCUGCAGCUAGUACAAAUGCUUAUAGUACACAUGCCUCGGAGAAACAGAGAAAGAAGCAUGAUGAGAGCCACAUCUACAACUAUCCUGCAACUGGCAACACUUACGGCCAUGAGAAAACUACUUCAAGGCGUGGCCGCUUUUCAAAGCGGAGAAGGUAUAAUAAUGAUUGCUGCACUUCUGUGGAUUAUGGUGUCGAUAACAAAGAAACAGUCGCUGCAAGCACAGAAACAACUGCUUUCACUGAUGUGGGACGGGUCAAUGGUACUUCAGUGGAAAGGUUCAGAUCCGCAGUGAGUGGAAGAAGAGCAAAUAUUUUGGGAGAGAUCACCCAGAUAGAUACACGAGGUCUACUUCUUGAGAAAGCCAAGGCAGCUAUCCGUGAAAAAUUACAUGAGUUAAACCUCACAUCAUCUUCAAGGUUUGCAGAGAGAAGAAAAUCAGAUGGGAAGCUACAUCCUUGUGACAACAACAUAAAGGUCAAUGGGGUCCUCUCUCACAAACCUGGCAAAGGAGUCAAGCUAUGCAACUCAAGAAGUGCUGACGUUCAAGUGCCCGCAACUAAUGAAAAGAAUCAAGAGCCUAGACGUGUGCCUGUGUCAAUUGAUGUCCCAGACCCUGACUUCCAUGAUUUUGAUAAAGAUCGUACAGAGAGAGCUUUUGAUGGUGAUCAAGUAUGGGCUACAUAUGAUAGUGAGGAUGGCAUGCCUCGUCUAUAUGUAAUGGUGCAGAAAGUUCUUUCAAUGAAGCCUUUCAGAAUCCGCAUGAGUUUCCUCAACUCCAAGUCCAAUAUUGAACUGGCACCGAUAAGCUGGGUUGCCUCUGGUUUUCAAAAGACAUGUGGCGAUUUCAGGGUCGGGAGAUAUCAGAUCACUGAAACAAUCAACAUAUUUUCACACAAAGUCAGCUGGACCAAAGGUCCUCGUGGGAUUAUCAGGAUUGUUCCUCAGAAAGGGGAUACAUGGGCUUUGUAUCGGAACUGGUCUCCUGAUUGGAAUGAGCUUACACCUGAUGAUGUGGUAUACACGUACGAGAUAGUAGAAGUUAUUGAUGAUUUUAGUGAGGAGCAAGGGCUGACUGUCAUCCCAUUGCUGAAGGUUGCUGGUUUCAAGGCUGUCUUCCAUAGGCACAUGGAUCCCCAGGAGGUCAGGAGGAUACCCAAGGAAGAGCUGUUCCGGUUCUCACAUCAAGUUCCUUCUCGCCUUCUGACCGGUGAAGAAGGCAACAAUUCCCCAAAAGGUUGCCAUGAGCUGGACCCUGCGGCAACUCCGGUGGACCUUCUUAAGGUUAUUGCAGAGGUCAAGGAAGAUGCGGCAACGCAGACUGCUAAAUAGAAGAGGGCAACUCUGAACACUGAAGAUAGGUCAGAUCACACUUCGUCAAUGAUAUGUCAGCACUCUUUGGUCCCUUAGCUCUAUUAUGUCAUCUCAUUUUUAGCUGAUGACUUGGACAAUACUGCCAGGACAAGCAGCUUAUGUCACAGACUUCUGAUCUUUUCUUAUUAGGCAUUUCUAACAUUUGAUUUUGUCGCUACAUGGACACGACUUAGAUUAAAUGAUCAUUGGGAGGCCACUCGCGGCAGUGGUGAGGCGGUUAGUCAACGGAAGCUAGGAGUCUCGUGACUUGCUGAAGGUGACUUGCGCAUACAGAGCCAAGUUUGAGUCGAGGGAAAGAGCCGCUAGGCUUACCCAUGUACCCGCAUUUGCGUACUUGUUUACUUAUGAUGUUACAUUUCCUUUAAUCUAUAGUAAUUCAUCCUAUGAUGUUGAACUUGGUAAUUCUAGACUCGGAAAUUUAGUAUUGUCUUUACUGGA